AUGGACCCGCUUCAUGAACCUGUAUGCCAUGCGUGCCUAAAUUCUGAGAGAAAAGUAUCAAAUUUACACGAUUCCAGCUUAAAAGAAUGUUUUACACAGAUUUUGAAGAAAACAACCCUUAAGGAUCUCAACCAAGCUAUCCAGCUAUGUUUUGAAUGUACAGCUAUUCUAGUCAAAGUUAAACAAUUUCAAGAUAAAGUCAUUGUCAGUACGGAGAAAUUGUUGAAUCAUUGUCUAAGUAAGAAUCUAAUUAAACCAAAAACAAGUCUGCAACGCAUCCACCUAUACAAUAUUUCUUUGUCAGAUCAUAAAGAAAUAGAGUUUUAUGAAGUAAUCAAUACAAAACCGCUAAUUGUGCUUUGUGAAUAUAACGAUACAGACUAUGAAGAUAGUCUUGAUAAUGGUUUAAAACGGGAAAUAGAUGAGAACAAUGUGAGUACAGAAGAAAAAUAUGACUUACAGAUAAAUGGCUCUGAUAAUGAAAAACAGGAUCUGUCGAAAAGUGAUAUAGAUUUAAGUAAAAAAGAAUUAAAUUUGAGAGAAAAUUAUGUAACUCUGAGUAAGAGUCACUUAAAAUUAGGAACAAGUGACAGAAAUGUAACUAAAAGUGAUUCCAAUAGGCCAGAGAUAUAUACAGAAUUUGAGUUGAGUAAAGAAGAGAUAAAAGACGAGAGACAACAACACAUUUUGAGUGAUGAAUAUGUGAAUGCUAUGUUUAAAUGUGAUUUAUGUGCAACAACUUAUACAAAUACAGAGGAUCUUGACGAACAUAUCACAAAAAAACAUGAUGUUAAAUCAAGAUACAUUUGCCCUAUAUGUAAAUGUGGGUUCAAUUCAACUAUAUCAUUUAAAUAUCAUAUAAACAGACACAAAAUUAGAUAUGAAUGUAAUAUUUGUUGCACCAGAUUUAUAUAUAAGCGAGAAGUCAUCAAGCAUCAUAAUAUGGUACAUUACCUGGGAGAUGAAAUUUCUAAUGAAAAUGAAGAAUCACAGAAUGUACAAGAUGCUCAAACCAGCGAAAAGCAAAAUGUCUUCGUGUGUGAUACCUGCACUAAGGUGUUCAGAUGGAAACCGUCACUCAAGAAACAUCUAGAACGACACAGCAUUGAGAGCGGCCAGAAGAGGAAGCCGUUUUGUGAGCCUUGCAACUUGUAUUUCUCGGCGACUGCAAAUCUCAGGCGGCACGUAAGAACCAGUUCAAAACAUCAAAUACAGCUUAAAUUGAGAAAAUUAAAAGACACAAACGAAGAAGAUAAGUCGGUUGCCAUUAAACAAAUUUGCAGCAGCGUCAACAGUUCGCGGCAGACGUUUUGUUGUCCUCAAUGCGAUAAAAAGUUUCAAUGGUACGGAAAUCUCAUGCGGCAUAUGAGGGGCCAUAAAGCCAAGGAGUCCGGUGAACUCGUAUGCGUCCCCUGCAAUCAAUCGUUCUCAUCAAUCGCCACUUACCAACAGCACAUGGCGAUAAGCAAGAAACACGUCUCCGAAAACGAUUGCAAAUAUAUGUGCAGUGACUGUGGAAAGCGCUUUGCUGAUAAAAGCCGGCUUAAAGACCACAUAAACUGGGACCAUCUUAAGAAUUAUGUGUACACAUGUACAGUGUGUCAAAAGUCGUUUAAGACGCGUAAUACGCUAUACGUACACAAGCAGGUACAUCAGAAGGAUACAAUUGAACAUCUGUGCGACCAUUGUGGAAAACAUUUUCCUAGUCGCUCCAAACUGCGUACACAUAUCCGCAUGGCGCAUUCGGCCGUCGCUUCAUACAAGUGUUCGAGUUGCGGGGCUAAUUUCGCCUGGCCCUCCUGUCUUUCUAGACACAUGCGAAGGCGGCACAAGAAACACCCUUAA